AACGUUUCUUUUUGGUGGUGGGCUGAGGAGGAGAAGAGGUGAAGAAAAAAGAUGGCGUUACAGGCCGGGGUUUCCUCGUCCAAGGUUCUCAUCCUCGUUGGAGCAGGUCUGACGGGUUCGGUUAUUUUGAGGAGCGGGCGAUUGUCUGAUCUGAUUGUGCAGCUUCAGGAAUUACUUAAAAGCGUUAAUGAGGCUGAGAUCUCGCCUAACAAGUACGAUGGUGCGCUCAUUGCAGCUCAGAUUCGGCAAUUGGCACAAGAGAUUAGGGAGUUAACCUUAUCUGGCCCUGUAACAAUCUUCAAUGGGAAUUCUGCAUCGAGUGGUAGUUAUGCUUCUUACAUAUUACCAGCUGCUGCAGUUGGUGCAAUGGGAUAUUGCUACAUGUGGUGGAAGGGUUGGUCACUUUCCGACGUAAUGUUUGUGACAAAGCAUAACAUGGCAAAUGCUAUUGCAACCGUUUCAAAACAAUUAGAGCACGUACAUGAUGCUUUAGCUUCUACCAAAAGGAAUCUGAGUAAGAGGCUUGAAAACUUGGAUUGGAAGAUGGAGGAGCAAAAGGAAACAACUCAUCUAAUUGCAAAUGAUGUGAGUGAGGCGAAGUCAAACCUUUCUCAAAUUGGGUUUGAUGUCGACACAAUCCAUCAAAUGGUGGCGGACCUGGAAGGAAAAAUUGAGCUUCUUGAGAGCAAACAGGAUAUGACUAACUCAGGUCUUUGGUAUCUCUGCCAAGUGGCUGAAGGAUCUAAAGAUGGUCUGGAUGCUAAACCCUUUCAGGAUGCCUCUGCAAAGCUAGCAAAGCAUUCAGCAAUAAAAUUUGAGGAGAAAUCACUCAAGGGCCUUCAGUUCAUUACUGAAAAUAAGGAGUCAAGUGUUGUUGAAAGAUCGACGGUAAGCACGAGUAAAGAUUCCGACAAAGAUGGCCUCAACGACCUCGUUGGGGUAAAGGCCCCAUUGAUGAAAACAAGAAUACACAGAUCAUAUCUGGUUGGGAUUUCUUUGACCAGAGACAUUUUGGGUUCUGAUCUGUGAAACUCUUUCGUCUUCAGUUUAUCUUUGAUUUCGGGAGGGAAGUCUUCCUGAUUGAUUUUUUUCCCCUUGAAAUUGUGUGUAGUUCUUGUGACUUGUUCAUUUGUUUGGGGUGAUAUAUAUAUAUUCAUAGUUACACAUUCUUCUUGUACUUGGAAUUGAUUCAUACCAAUUGUAAUUCGUUGCUGGUACAACUUCAAUGGUAUACUUGUACAGAAUAAAAGUUUAUUCAUUUGAAUGUCAGCGAUGACAAUGUAUUUCAGUAUAAGCAGUUUAAAACAGCUUUUAGUUUUUACAUUGAGACGUGUGAAA